GAAUCCCUGUAUAGUAACGUACUUGGGGUUGGCCCUAGGAUAUGGCUUUGGUCGGCCUGCGGGCGGCUUUGGAGAGCCUGCUCGGGCCUGCAAGAGCUGGCAGGUUCACCGACGCAGACCUGCGCCUGCUAUUGGAGGGUGGCUACGCUACGCUGGAUGACCUGAAGGAUGCCAGCUAUACAGGCCUCCAGCAAGCCGGGCUCAAACCCGCGCGGGCGGACCAAAUUAUCCACGCGCAAGCCUCGGCGGCUGGCCUGGGCGUGGGGAGUGCGGCAGGAGUCGACUCGCUGCCGGCUGCUGCUGGUGUAGCCGGUGGCCCUACGCUCGGUAGCGCCGGGGGGAGCACGGAGCAGGCAGGCGCCGAGUCGCUGCGCGAACUUGUACGUGCGGCAAUCCGGGAGACGUGGCUUGAGAUGGAGGCGAAGCAGUGGCGUGCGCGCAAGCCUCAGUCCUUCUCCUCAGUGGGCAGCCAGGACGUGGACACCCUCAUAAGGAGUGUCAAGCUGGUGGAGGUCCGUGGCGAGGUGGUGGCGCCGCAGGAGGUGCAGGUGCCGGAAGGCACACCAGAAUGUGCCAGCUUUGUGCAACAGGAGGGCCGCAGUGAGGAUGCCAUGACGCCAGCGCUCCUUCAGCACCACCAGCAGCAGUUGAUGAAGCUUGGCGUCGUGUUUGACAAGCUGGGCGGUUUUGAGAUGUACGAUAACCACAGCAAGGGCAAGCUCUUGGGGUUCACAUGUGGUGAGAAGUCCUUCAACGGCGGCUUUGACGGCUGCGUCGCCCCGUACGGCCUGACGGAGCGGAGUCUUGUGCACCAACUUCGGAUCAUCUAUGAGCACGAGCUCAACAUUAAGGCACCCCGCAAACGCCAAGCGGUCGUGGAGCUGCUGGGGGCAUAUGCCUGGGGCCGCUGCCCGGUGCUUUUGGACCUGACGGAUGGCCGGAAGCACAACGUCUACACGAUACGCAACAAGUACUUGCUCGUGUGGGAUAAUCUGACGCCGACACAGGCGUACUACUUGCAGGCGCAGCACCUGCGGGCGGCGGGCAGCGUGCGGGCGGGCCUCAACCUGCAGCUGCACCAAAUCCCCGAGGAGGAGCAGCGGACCAUGCGCCACGUGCAGCAGGUCCUUAGCCCCACGUUUGGCGGCGAGGCCGCGCUGCAGGAGCAGCAGGAGUACUAGCUGCCCUUCAUGCCGCCAGAGGAGCACGAGUCGGCGGAGCUGGAGCUGGUCAGCUCGUGGAUGCGAGCUGCAGACUUCGCUCAACCG